UGACAGGUGCGGGCUCCGGCCGGUCAGACGGGCUGCUGUUGUUCUCAAUACAAAGAACGCUGAGGUGGACGGGAACAGUGAACUUUUCUCGUCUCAUCUGGAAAUGAGACGGGAUCAACGAGCGAGCAGCGGAUUAAAUGACGCGAUUUCUGAGAAGUGCGGCGUCACGGUUUAAUGGGAGCGGUGACCUGAGCAGAAGCAAAAAAACCUGAAUCGUGUUUUGAAAGUCUGGAAUUUAGUCCUAACUCUGGAGCUUCCACAUGGCAGCGGAUGACAAAGUGGCCAUUCUGACUGACGAUGAAGAGGACAAGACCAGGUAUGUCUCGGAACAACACUUCAACAAUCUGUCGCUGGAACAGCAGCAGGACCGAGAGGAGUCUUCUGCGCCCCCUUCGGAGGUUCCACAGCAGCCGCCCGACAACAUCGACUGCUGGGAGCGUCUCUGCCUCCGCAUCAACACGCACCUACUCAUCUCCAAGUUUUUCUAUUUCUUCUUUUACGCUGCCUAUGGCUCCCUCCACCCUCUGUUUGCCGUCUACUACAAGCAGCUGGGCAUGUCAGCUAGCCGCAGUGGGCUGCUGGUGGGGAUUCGCUACUUCAUUGAGUUCUGCAGCGCCCCCUUCUGGGGAGUGGUGGCAGAUCGCUUCAAGAAAGGCAAGAUCGUGCUGCUGUUUUCCGUCCUCUGCUGGCUGUUUUUCAACUGCGGCAUCGGCUUUGUGAAGCCUGCCGACAUGAGGUGUGAGGAGAUCCAUUCGGACCAUGUGACUUUGGCACCAGCGGUUCCCACGCGGCCUCCAGUGAACUCCUCUCUGCUCAGCAACCUCACCAAGUACAACGGUCGCCAACCCCAGUACCGCAGCCCGCGUAGCGUGCUUAGUCUCCUGGAUCUUGGUGAGAGCAUCUUGCCGCAUAACGCUAGCCACGCACCUGCCUCUGCUAACAACACAAGGGAGGCUACGGAUGCCGACCGGAAUUCACCAACCCCGCUGCCUCCCCACGCCACACAGACAGUGCACCCCACCAACAAGUCUCAGUCCCUGACAACCGCCGCAACCACCAUUCCCAGCACCUCAUCAGGUAUAAAAAAGGAGGUGGUGUACGACAAGGACCAGGUGGAAAACAUCUUCCUGAUCAUCCUGAUGGUGGUCAUUGUCGGGGAGUUCUUCAGCGCCCCGGCGGUCACUAUUGUAGACACUGUGACACUGCAGUACCUCGGCAAAGCUCGUGACCGCUACGGACUGCAGCGCAUGUGGGGCUCCCUGGGUUGGGGCCUUGCCAUGCUGCUGGUGGGAAUCUGGAUUGACCACACACACAUUCCUGUCCACAUUGAAGGCAAGGGCUGUGUCGUGCCAGAAUUCCCCCAACGAAACUACCAGGGCGCCUUCAUCGUCUUCGGCGUUCUAAUGGGGGCCGCCUUCAUUAUAGCUACUCAGUUUUACUUUGAAAAAGGUGGGAACUACAGACAGGAGCUUCCAGAGGCGCCGGCCGGGAGGGAAGAAGGCCAGGCGGGAACGGAGUCCGUCUCCACGGCCAACGAUGAGGGCUUCCACUAUAGCGACCUCUUGCGGCUUCUGUGCAGCGUCCGCUACAGCUCGGUUCUGUUUGUGGCCUGGUUCAUGGGCUUCGGCUACGGCUUCGUCUUCAGCUUCCUCUACUGGCACCUGGAGGACCUGAAGGGAACCUACACGCUCUUCGGCGUCUGCUCCAUCCUCAGCCACGUUUCUGAGCUGGCUGCCUACUUUACCAGCCACAAGUUCAUCGAGCUGGUCGGACACAUACGCGUCCUGUACAUUGGCCUGGCCUGCAACACCGGACGUUACCUGUACAUCUCUUACCUGAAGAACGCUUGGACCGUCUUGCCCAUGGAAGUGCUGCAAGGAAUCACGCAUGCUGCUGUCUGGGCUGCUUGUAUCUCCUUCCUGAGUGCGGCUGUGCCGCCGGCCCUGAGGACGUCGGCGCAGGGAAUCCUCCAAGGCCUUCACCUUGGUCUGGGCCGGGGCUGUGGGGCCAUGGUGGGCGGGCUGUUUGUCGGAUAUUUUGGCGCUGCUGAGACCUUCAGAGGAAUCGGCAUGGCGUCCCUUGUCAUUCUUCUUGUUUUCUCCAUGAUCCAGGUCCUGACAUCAGACAAAGAUGAUGAGGAUGAGGACAAAAUGUUGGCUGAGAACAUCCCAAUUCCCUCCAGUCCAGUUCCCAUCGCCACCAUUGACCUGGUGCAGAGUCACACCCCCUCCGCUCACUCUGCCCGCCCACCUCAGUCCUCCAUCCUGCCGGUGAAGAAGACCAAGCACCAGGAGGAUCAGGAGGAUGUGAGCCGGCCAGCCUGGGUGCUGUCGGCCUCCCCGUGGGUCACCAUGGCGUUCGCCAUCGUACAGAUCAAGGAGAUGAUGAGCUUGAUGAAGGGCGGAGGACCACCGACCGAGACCCAGCCCUUACAGGUAGUGAAUGAGCAGAACUCGUCCGUGACACAAAGGAAAGCUGGAGAUGACGUCACAGCAUCGGCUUCAGAGACACCCACGCAGUCAGACCGCACCCCGCCAGCACCCACAGACUCUGACAAACAGAACUCAGACAACCCUGCGUUCUCUGCAGGAAGGGCGGACUGAGCCUUGACUCACAGCCGGACUCGGCGUCUUGCUUUGAUGAGGAGAAGGUCGCCUCACAUAGAAGCUCAACACGAGUUUGUCAUUUCUUUAGGAAAGGAAACCAAAUAUAAUUUUAUUCUUCAGUCCUCUGCAGAUCUUCUGCUUGUUGCCUCUGAAGGACUUCAUCUGCACUGUCGUGUCUUAUAAGAGACAGAUUGAUGAUGACGAAAGGAUGAUCAUCGGAUUUAAUUUAUUUACUUACGUGCCUAUUAUAAACAGUUUUAAACUGUUGGUGACUUGCAUUCCACCUCACUGUUUAGAUUUAUUUUUGUUUUUAUUCAGCUGUAGGACUUGCUUCAAUUUAAGUACAUUUUUGGAUUUAAAUAUAUCACAUUAUGGAUAUUAUUUUACAUAAAAUAAUUAAGAAAAGAUGGUCAGCCUUUUUUAAAAGUCACCGCUAAUUAAAGUGCCUGUCAAAGUCUUUGCUCUGUAAAAUCUUAUUUUGGGAAGUCAUGAAAAGCAGAUCUGGGUUGGGGGCAAACAAAGAAAGGAGGGCUGUGGCUCAAGAAUGUUUGGAUAUUUGUGUUUGUUUUAAUAAAUGCACGUCCACGGCGCGAUGUGUCUGAGGAAUGAAGUUUCAACUGCAGAUCCCGCCUCCCUCCCUUGUGUUCCUGCGCGGCGGUCGUACACUAAUAGUGUCUUUUGUGAAGUGACCAUGAUGAAUUACAGUCUUAUGUUAAAAUAAAACUUAUUUUCGAGUCAAGUCCAAUUAUUUAUAGGCGUACAAUUUCAGUUCGAGUUUAUUUUACGUGCGUGUCGAUGCAAGUACUUCCAUCAACCGCUAGGUGACACUAGUGUACUGGAAUCUUCAGCAGUCGCGGUUAGAGCGCCUUGGGGUCAUGGAGGUCAAUUUGUGAACGAGUUUGCGUGCCAAAACGUGCCUGUCAAGUAUUAAGACUGUCAGAC